GUGUCCGUUGAGCUGCUCGUGUCCGUGAGGCCGGGCGCGCGCGUCGGGAGCGCGCAUCAUGGCGGAGGGCGAGCUGGACGUGGAUUCUCUGAUCUCCAGACUGCUGGAGGUGCGAGGAUGCCGUCCAGGGAAGAUCGUGCAGAUGACGGAGGCAGAGGUUCGGGGUUUGUGCGUUAAAUCACGCGAGAUCUUCCUCAGUCAGCCGAUCCUGCUGGAGCUGGAGGCUCCUCUGAAGAUCUGUGGGGACAUCCACGGCCAGUACACCGAUCUGCUGCGGCUCUUCGAGUACGGAGGCUUCCCUCCCGAGGCCAACUAUCUGUUCCUGGGGGAUUACGUGGACCGAGGGAAGCAGUCUCUGGAGACCAUCUGUCUGCUGCUGGCCUACAAGAUCAAGUACCCCGAGAACUUCUUCCUGCUCCGCGGGAACCACGAGUGCGCCUCCAUCAACCGCAUCUACGGCUUCUACGACGAGUGCAAGCGCAGGUUUAACAUCAAACUGUGGAAGACGUUCACCGACUGCUUCAACUGUCUGCCGAUCGCUGCGAUCGUGGACGAGAAGAUCUUCUGCUGCCACGGAGGGCUUUCUCCAGAUCUGCAGUCGAUGGAGCAGAUCAGACGCAUCAUGAGACCCACAGACGUCCCUGACACAGGGCUGCUGUGUGAUCUGCUGUGGUCAGAUCCUGAUAAAGAUGUUCAGGGUUGGGGAGAGAACGAUCGCGGCGUGUCCUUCACCUUCGGAGCAGAUGUGGUCAGUAAAUUCCUGAACCGUCACGAUCUGGAUCUCAUCUGUCGCGCGCAUCAGGUGGUUGAAGACGGUUACGAGUUCUUCGCCAAACGGCAGCUGGUCACGUUGUUCUCGGCGCCCAAUUACUGCGGAGAGUUCGACAACGCAGGAGGAAUGAUGAGCGUCGACGAGACCCUGAUGUGCUCCUUCCAGAUCCUGAAGCCAUCGGAGAAGAAGGCCAAGUAUCAGUACGGAGGGAUGAACUCUGGGCGACCUGUGACUCCGCCCAGAACGGCCACGCCCCCAAAGAAGCGCUGAAGGGGCGGGGCCUCUUGGAAGCACACACACACACAUACACACACACACGAUGAUGAUGUAGUUAAAGAGACCACGCUAUAGUUCCUCUGUUUGGUUCUGAGCGUCUGUGUUGGAGCUCUCACACAUAACACUGACCAGAUGUUUUUUAGUUAAUCAUUUCACUCUUCAGGCCUGUUCCAGCAUCAUAACAUCUGGGUUUUCAGUAAAUAAAGUUUAACAAACCUCUCUGACGUGUCCG